UCAAGGCCCUUCGCAUGACAUUUUAGUUCCCUUCGAAGAGUGACACAAAAUCUUUGGCAAUGGCGACUCCUGAAGAAGCUAAGCUCCAGCAGUUUCUUCAAUGGCUAGAGGUGAACAAUGCAGAACUACGUGGUUGCAGAAUCAAAUACAGUCAUUCCAGUAAAGGGUUUGGAAUUUUCUCAUCUAAUCAUACAUCUGAUGGUAAAAUCUUGAGCUAUUUCAUUUUGUUUGCCUUUUCUAGCACGAGCUGUUUGUAUUUUUGGAGCAUCGCUUGGCUUACAGGUUAUUUGGUUGGGAUACCUCUGGUGGUUCCAUUAGAUUUGGCAAUAACUCCAAUGAGGGUACUUCAAGAUCCUCUUCUCGGACCUGAAUGUAGGGCUAUGUUUGAGGAAGGGGAAGUAGAUGACAGACUCUUGAUUACCUUAUUUCUAACCGUGGAACACCUACGAGAAAACUCUUCAUGGAAGCCGUACUUUGAUAUGCUUCCAACCACAUUCGGAAAUCCACUUUGGUUUUCCGACGAUGAGGUGUUAGAGCUUAAAGGAACCACAUUGUAUCGGGCUACUCAGUUGCAGAGGAAAACACUGCAGUCUUUAUUUGAUGAAAAGGUGAAGAGGUUGGCUGAGAAGCUUUUAACUCUCGAUGGACGUCCAGAAAGAGAUGUGAGAUUUGAAGACUUCCUUUGGGCAAACUCCAUUUUUUGGAGUCGAGCACUAAAUAUCCCUUUUCCCCGCUGCUAUGUAUUUCCGACGAAUUCAGAAGGACAAGAUAGCGAUAUUUCUAGCAAAAUCAUAAAUUCUGGAACACAUACUAAUGACUGCGGCAGUUUAUCUAACAGAGAGUCCGCAAAAGUAGCCGAGCAUGAUGCACUCCAAGAUAAAGUUGCUUCUGCUGCUUCCAUCUCACAAGGAGAGAUAGUUUGGGUGGAAGGUCUGGUCCCAGGCAUUGAUUUUUGCAACCAUGAUUUCAAAGCUGCAGCAACUUGGGAAGUUGAUGGAACCGGAGCAACAACUGGAGUUCCUUUCUCCAUGUACCUUCUUUCGGCUGGAGAAAAUCCUUCCCAGAUUGAGAAAGAGAUCUCAAUUAGCUAUGGUGACAAGGGAAAUGAGGAACUGCUGUACUUGUAUGGAUUCGUCAUGAAUGAUAAUCCUGACGACUAUCUCAUGGUUCAUUAUCCUGUGGAAGCUAUUCAAAACAUUGAAUUCUCAGAGUCCAAAGCUCAACUUCUUGAAGCACAGAAAGCUGAAUUGAGAUGCCUCUUACCACGAAGUUUGCUAAAUCGUGGAUUUUUCCCUCCAUCAGACGCUUCUGGGGAAGACAAAGAUAAAUGCAUCAGUAGUCAAGUUUGCAAUUAUAGUUGGAGUGGUCAACGAAAGAUGCCCUCUUACUUGCAUAAGCUAGUUUUUCCUGCAGAUUUUUUGAAUGCACUGAGAACAGUAGCAAUGAAAGAAAAUGAACUUUAUCGUGUUUCUUCCCUACUUGAGGAGCUUGUUGGAUCUGGAGGAGAGAGGCAGCCAACUGACACAGAAGUCCAAGCAGCAAUAUGGGAGGCUUGUGGCGAUUCUGGAGCUCUGCAACUUCUUGUUGAUCUGCUUAACAUGAAGAUGUUGGAUCUGGAAGAGGGUUCAGGGACAGAGGAGAAUGACACUGAAUUACUUGAGAAAGCCUGCACCGAAGAAAUUCCAGAAGAUUGCAGAGGAUCCAAGACCAAUGGCGGCAUCCAGAAUCAUUUUCUGAGCAGAAAUAGGUGGUCCAGCAUAAUAUAUCGGCGGGGGCAGAAACAACUCACUCGUCUGUUCCUGAAGGAAGCAGAACAUGCAUUGCAAUUGGCAUUGACUGAGGAAAUCUAGAAUAUAUCUAACCCAAGUUUGUACAUUCUGCAAGAGAGCUAUUUGAGCAAAUAGUUGGGUAAUGAUCUUUCUUGUUGAUUAGGAAAACUGGUCAGAGGCGAAUCCAGGAAUUCGAGAGGAUGGGAACAAACAUGUUUCAAAGAUAAACAUUCAGUUUCAUGAUAUAAAAUUUUACAAAAACAACUUGGCUAGCAAAAAUUAUCCAAUUCCAUUA